CAUCGCCUCUCACUUUGUGCGCAUGGCCGUCUUCUUUCUCGACAAGAUCAUCACACCAUGGCCGACAAUGCUCAACGUCCGCGUCCGCCGCCGAACCGACGCCGAGACAAAGUCCAGCUUUCCUGCGACCCUUGCAGACACCGAAAGUACGUGCUCGAUAGCCAUCGCAAAGUGGUGCACGCCUAACUUUGCCAGGCUAAGGUGCGACCGACAACACCCAUGCGGGACUUGCUCGAGGCGUGGCCUUACCAACUCCUGCAGUUAUGCGACGACACCUUCUACGCCUGGUGUUCAGCGGCCCGUUGCUCCGCGACAGCCCACCAGCCUCCAUGGCAGAAUCUCUGAGCUGGAGAGCCUUGUUGUAACGCUCAUGAAAGGCCAGUCGCUCCCAACUCCGCCCGCCCAAAAAUCACCGAGACCGAGCUCGCUAUCGUUCGCAGAUGUGCUCCCUGAGAACCAGAGACCACAGGGAUCCCAAGAUGAAACUGCAUCCGCGACCGACCCUGGCACCCUAAAGUUGCGCGAUUCUGUAACCAGCUACGUCCAGAGUUCCCAUUGGGAGGCCAUUCUUACCAAAAUCAGAGGACUGAAGGAGGACUUGAUCGCUGAUAGCAAGACUCCGCUCGGUUCACACUUGUUCUAUGGCCCGAACCGCCGUGCAACGCGUGACGAAAUACUGGCCGCUGUUCCCCCUCGUACAGUUGUUGACCGUCUCAUGGCCCUUCACUUUGAUUCCUAUCUCAUCACCCCGUUUCUCAUUCAUCGCAAGAAGUUUCUCCGAGAGUAUGAAGCCUUCUGGAAAGAUCCGUCUACAACUUCUAUCGCUUGGAUUGGUCUCAUGUUCUCCAUGCUAUAUAUUGCUGCGCUGUUGCAGACCUUUGCUUUGGACUCCAUAGACGGACGAGCCGAAUCGUCCAAGGUGGAAUAUCUUACCAUGAAGGAUGCCUUCCGGGAGCAGGCCGUUCAGUGUCUUGUCCUCGCCAGGUAUACAACGGGAGGACCGUAUAUCCUUGAAACCCUCAUAACGGUCCUUACUGGAGAAUCUGUACUCCUAAAAGACAGCGCUACCGAUGGCUGGCUUUCGACAAACACGAUUCUGCACCUGGCAAUUCGCAUGGGCUAUCACCGGGACCCAGAUCACUUUCCCGGAAUAUCCCCUUUCGAAGGUGAGAUGCGUAGACGCAUCUGGACGACAAUCCUUGUAUUAGACAUUGCUCUGUCCUUGGAGACGGGCCUUCCACGAAGUGGUACAAACGCGCAGACCGAUACAAAACUGCCCCACAACCUUCGCGAUUGUGAUUUUGAAGAGGAAACGACUGAGAUGCCUCCGCCCAGGCCAGAAACAGAAUGGACACCGGUGCUCCCUCUCAUUGCAAAAGGGCGACUGAUCUCGGCCCUCGGCCUAAUUUGCGACAUCAACAGCGACAUUAACCCCCCUUCGUGCGAGCAGGUCAUCAGGGUCGACGCACUUCUUGAAGACGUGCACAAUCGUGCUAUUCCGCCCGUGCUGCUCUGGGGAACUAUGCCACAUCCCAUCACGGAUAGUCCAAACCUCGUGGUACAGCGGGUAAGUAUAGAAACCUCCUACCACAAAUCACGCAUCCUGCUGUACCGGAGAGCUUUGACAAGCUGCCCAGGGCGACCAUCUCAAGUGCGGGACAGGGAUUCGGUGCGAAUUUGUUUAGAUUCCGCCUCGAAGAUUCUAUCAUUCCAACAGAUGCUUCAUGAAGAGUCUCAGCCCUUUGGUCGUUUAUCUCAGCUUAGAUGGAAGGUCACCCACAUUUUCAACCAAGACGUUCUCCUCGCAACGAGCGUGCUCUGUCUCUACCUUCAAGACGUCGACAAGUUUGAGUGGCCUGAGACUCCAGGACAGACAACGUGGUCGCCUAGGGCAGAAGAGAUUCGACAACGACUAACAAUGUCGCACAAGAUUUGGCGUGAGAUGAGUACGGCAUCGGCAGAAGCUGGGAAAGUAGCGAAAGCUCUGAGCAUCGUCCUUGGAACCACUGAAACGUCCGUCGAGAACUGUAGUGCGCCCGCUCCUUACGACCUUUUGGCGGAUUUUGAUGCCAGUCAUCUGAAUGAAUUUGGCACAAUGUUCAACAAUCAAUAUUUGCCUCCUGGCCUUUAUUAUCCCCUAACAUUUUUUGACAACGUGCUGGAAACACGGGGGCCAUGAGAAUAUCCUUCUGUUGCUGGCAUUGUCGUCGUUACGGAUGGCAUUCACCAAACGCCUAGUUUAAGGUUCGAAUAUUGGUUUAUGAUCAAAUAGCCGUCAGCCUAGCGCCACCGGGGUUUGUACGGUGAAAGGGAUACCGUGAUCACUCCCUACCAUGUCUGUAUAAGAGAGUAAAUACCGAGGACUGCGGUCAAAUAGUAAUGACGAGCGUCUGAAGGGCGGGAAGAUUUUGAUCGUCAGGCCAUCUCAGGGUGGUAAUCUCUUCUUUCUAGUUCGCAAAAAAAAAAGUCAAGAGACUAGUUCGGCAUGCUUAACUCAAUUCCCCCAUUCUCACCUCCCCUCCAACUGGCCAUGGUCAUGCCCUGUAGAAAGUGCACCAUCAUAUGUUGCUCCCUCUCGGUCCAACUAUCCAUAGUCACAUCACAGAAUCCACAGCGGCUGUUCACGGCAUCAGAAUUCAUCCUAAGGGAUGACAGGUCAGGCGUCCACCCAUCCCACUUACGACAUCCGUGGAAUUUGUACAGGUGCUGCCAUAAAUGGUCCUUGCGACUAAAUGUUCUCUCACUGAUGGGUCCUUGAGCACAAUACUCAAACUCGUGUGACCGGAAGUGGGAUUCGGAAGGGGAGGCAUGCCCGCAGAAGAUACACUCGGGCUCCUCCUGCCCAGUGCGCCAGAUUAGGCGGGAUUGCUCAGGGGCUAGAGGUGUGGAGCAAACCCAGGAGCUAAGACUAGGCAUAUGAACGCUCAGCUCAUGGCGCUUCCAGUCAAAUUUCUUUUUGAAGUCCCGCGAGCAAAAUGUGCACUGAAACUUCGGCUUCGAUACGAGAGCGGAAGCUUGAAUGCUCUGUUCUUGGGGCUGUGCGAACUCAUCGUUCUUGGUAUCCAGGCUGCCAAAAUUGGAGCUACUGUUGUUUGAAUGACAGAAGCUAAUUGUAGAAUCUGGCGUUGAGGAUGCAUAUAAUGAGUGUGGCUGACUAUGAAGCCAGGAAUCUCCGCUAAUGGAUGACGAUGCGCAGCCCGUACUAAAGCUGGUACUUGCUUCCCCGUGUGGCGAGUUGAUGUUGUAAAAGCUGUCAUUCAGAGCUUUCUCCAGCACGGCUGGAGAAAUUGUUAUGGGCUCGUCCUCUGGAGGUGAGCAGCGCCAGCGAUCUAUCGGGGUCAUCAUGCUUAACGGUGAUGAUGGAGGCAUGGGUGAGCCAUGUGGUAGGCCCGAGCGCCGCUGAGCCCGCAUAUUCUCAGAGUGUCGUUGGCGACGUCGUGCAUUCAAGAACCAGUUGUUGAUCUGCGUCCUUGUCAUUCCAGUUUGCUUGGCCAGAUCGGUUUUUUCCGCUUUUGUUGGGUAAGGAUGCGCAAGAUUACACGCAAGCCAUUCUCUCAAGGGCCGUGUUCGUUUGACGGAGCGUGAAUAAGAGCUCGCUCGCUCGCUUGCCUGACUCAGUUGAAGCGUAAGGGGGCACGCGCCACUUUUGCUGCUGGGAUCGAGCCCGCCGCUUUCAGCAACAUUGGGAUUCGCACUGCCCUCACCUACAUAUGCAUCAUCCUCCCUAAUGCCGUGCAACUGGUCAAUCACCGGGCGAGAUGUUUCAUAGUGGUGCGGCUGGCGCUUAUGUCGUUCUGCAAGACUGCAUUGCCGAAACAGCGCCACGCAGCUCGAGCAUGACCUGACCGGGUUGGGAUUGGCGUCCGUGGUCUGGAGUGAGAAGCACUGUAGGCGCAUGCGACGACAGUACGUACACGGCUCCGGGGGCCUCCAGGCGCCGUAAGGAAGAAAGAACUCAUCAUCAUCCCAGGGUAUAUCUGGUCCCAGAAAGCCGCAGUCCAACAGGUUCACGAACGAUGGUCCAUCGGAGCGCUCACCUGUUGGAGGUGGAGGCUCGUCUGAAUUUGUACUAAACGGGAUACAGCCUAGAUCGCUGGCUUGAUUUCGAUCACUUGUCGUAUGGUCUGGAAAUUCAGGGUCGUGCAACGCAGACCAUUCCAUACCCCGCCACCAGUCCUCAUGGUCAUCUGCCGAGAAACCAAUCUCGCCCAUUGAGAAUUUGACACCUGAUACAGUCCUGCAGAGUAAUCGGAGAUGCAAGCAGUCGGUUCGCCUGACUCUGUCGUUGGAGAUUAGCGGCGGCGGUUAAGCUUAGUCACGUGUUGGCCUCGUUUCUGCGGAUAAUUCGACUCUCCAAUGUCUCAGGUGGCGAAUGAAUCUCGCAUGAGUGCCAUCAUUGGCAGAGCCUUUCCUAGAGCUACUCCUGGGACGGUGCUGUGAUAUCUUGACGAAAGGACUAUGAAGCUGGAAGCGAUGCAUUGAUC